AUGACCCCAGCGCCACUUGUCCUGCAGACCGACCUUGAACGCGACACCCAUGGCCCGUUACCCGCGUUCAGCAUGUCCCCGAAUACUGCGACGAGCUCUGACACGUCCUCUCCGGUGGCACACGACCCUCGUCAUAAAGCCGCUAGGCUCAGCCUGACAUCUCGCAUCCAAGCGCUCCUCCCUCCGACGCCGCUGUUUGCUGCUAGCAGUAGCAGUCAUGGACACUCGCCCUUGAAUGAGACAGGGAUCGACGACGGGACUAUACGCGCGCGACCGCGGAUGAAGCGCGUCGUUCCACCACGCAAGUUCUUGAAGAUACGCAUCAUUACCUGGAAUAUGCACGAAUCGUUACCAAAGGGCGAACUCGACGAACUACUUGGCGUAGUUAAAGACACAUCGGAAUCGUCUCCACCCGACAGCGACGACAUCCCUUCUUUGCCAGAAGAUGAUGCUCAUCCGUAUCAUAUCGUCGUAGUUGCCGGACAGGAAUGCCCCAGCGUAUCCGGCCUACCCAUGGGCAUCGGUGCGGCAUUCAAGCCACGCAAGGAUAAGGACAAACACAAGGACAAAUCAAAGGACGCUGAUAAAACCAAGCCACCUGACGCAAAGGAUGGCGAACGAGACGAGACCCCGCGACGUCGAUCCCAGGAGCAGGAUCCAGAUGUUGAUGCCUACGCGCACUCACCCGACCCCUUCUCGCUGCCGCUGGCAACGGUGCCCGGCCUCGGCUCGAUCGGCCCCCCGACGGGAUGGACGACCAUCCUCGAAGACUGGUUCUGCAAUGGCCUUGGCUCUUCCUCCUCGUCGCCCCCUCCAGACAGCGGUGCCUCGACCGUCGGCCCGCCACCUAUGCCGACACGAUCGCUUAGCACAGAUGAUGUCAAUCCGCGCAUGCGAGGAAACCCACGGACGCAGAGCGACGAACGCAACGCGGAAAAGGGUCCUGGUAAGGGCCCGUACGAGCUCCUGAUCAAGGAGCGCCUCAUGGGCAUCUACUUGGCCGUCUUCAUCAAGCGCGACGUCAAACACCUGGUCCGCGGCAUGUCUAAGUCAGCCGUCACUACCGGUCUCAUCGGCGGGCGCGUCGGGAACAAAGGCGGCGUCGGCAUCUCGCUCAACCUCGCGGGCACCACACUCCUCUUCGUCAACGCGCACCUCGCCGCUCACGGCGACAAAGUCCCUCUCCGCCUCGCCAACCUCGCCAAGAUCAAGUCCGAGCUCGCCGUCGACGACUUCCUCGCCACCGACGACCCGCGCGUGAUGGCCGAAGACGUAACUGACCGGUUCGACUUCACCUUCCUCUUCGGCGAUCUCAAUUUCCGGCUGGACGUCACCCGCCUCCAUGCAGACUGGCUCAUUGCCCGGCAGGAGUACGCGCAAGCGAUCGAGUUCGACCAAUUACACAACCUCAUGCGAAAUGGGCUCGCUUUCGUCGGCUUCUGCGAGGCGCCCGUCCGCUUCCCGCCCACGUUCAAGUACGACGUCCUCCGCACGCUCAAGAAGGCGAGUCGACGGCGGAAACAGUCCAAGCCGACCCCGCUCGAGCUCGAGCCCGGGUUGGAGGGCGUCGAAGAACAGGAAAAGGAGCACGAGGGCGAUGCAGCGCACGGCGAUGAGGCGGACGGCAUCAAGCCCGACGGCGGCGAGAAGGGCGACGGAGACCAGGACGAAGAUGCCUCCGACGAGGACGACGCGGCCGGCGGCGAGGCGGCGUCGCUCUCGUCUUCCGCAUGGAUGUCCGUCCGGUCGAAGAAGACGAACCCGGAGCAGCCACAGCGGGACAAAUCCGACCGGGAGGAUGACUACUUCCAGUCGCUCGGCAUCACUCCAUCCCCUCCCCCAAGCGGUGGCACGCCCAACCUCAAAGCGCUUAGCACCACCAAGCUCGUCCACCGCAUCUCGCUCACCGGCGCCGCGCACAAGGCCAAGGCGAAAUGGCUCGCGCUCGUCACACCCGGGGCGUCGCCGCGCGUGCGCUCCAGCCCCUCGUACGCCCACAGCCAUACCUCCAUGUCCAGCGCAGGAGCCUUGAGCUCGUACCUCGGCGUGCACGCGGACCCUACUACCCCUACCUCUCCCGUCUUACCCUUUUCAAAAUCACAUAACAUCAGCCACAGUACGCCGACACUCAAGUCUCCCGAUGGGAAACCGAAGAGCGCGCCGUCCGGGCUUGGGCUGGUACCUAAAGACGUCCUCGGAGGGGCACCGUCCAUGAAGCGAGCCGUGUCGACCAUGUCCGGAUUGGAGGGCCAUAGCCAGCAGCAGGACGAAGACCCUGAUAAGGGCGUGUACGACAGCUCGAGCAAGAAACGUGUGCCGAGCUGGUGCGACCGCAUCCUCUGGAAAUCCACAGUGAAGCCCGAACCCGAACCCGACGAAGAGUCCAGCCUCGAGCCGUCCACGCUCAGCUCCUCCACCCGGCCGCGCACCCGCGGAGUGGUCGGGCAGAUGCUCGCGCAGGCGCUCCGCCCGCUCUCGCUCCGCAGCCGUGCGCAGUCGAGCUCGUCUGUGAACACCGUCCGCACGCGCUCGGACGAGACCUGGACGCCGCACUCGGAUCUGACGCCGAGCACGCCCGGCGAGCACGCGCAGGCGGAGAUGGACCGCCAAUUCGCCGCGCACGCCCAUGCGCAGCCGCCCACGACGCCUACGACGCCGACCGCCCGUGCGCUGUCGCACUCGCGCUCGAUCGACACCAUCCCCGGCGGCACAGCGCCGUACGGGGUGGGCCGCGCGCCGACGCUCUCGCGUAGCGCCAGCCACGCCGAUUUUCAGCGACAGCGGCCGACCUCGACGGGCGUACCGCUGGAGGUAUCGAAGACGGUAGCUGCGCCUCUCACUGCUGCUUUCAUCCCACCUACCGCGCCGCGCCGGUGGAGGCUCUGGUCCAUGCUGUCAAGCGCAUCGCGGGACUCAUCCCAAACCAACGUCACGCAGCCAGAAACUGCGGUCGAAGAGCCGCCGGAACCGGAGCCCCCAAGGCAUCGCAGAGGCGACGUCGUUUGCCUGAAUUAUAACACCCUCGACGACCGCGGUAUGCGGAGGCUCGAGGGCCGGAGCGAUCAUCGCCCUGUUAUAGGCUGCUACGCUGUAUAUAUCUAG